UUACUUUGUCGGUUAUGGUCCGGUUUGGGAUUUUAUGCUUACUUCCACCUACGAAGAUGUUAAAAAGUUAGGAAUUGUUGGUCUUGGAAACGUAUAUGUUAUUCACAAGUUGAUGCUUGCUUGGAAACUUAAUGGGACGACGAAAACAACAUCUGCGAGGCCGUUCAAGGUGUGGCUGGUAGAGUAGCCAGUAGAGGAUUGCUCCCCUCACCCCUUCCCUUGCUGUCCGGUCAGAUUCUGCGUUUGUUUGUCUUUUUUUUUCUACCCGGAAGAAACCCGCCAACUUGUGAAUUCAUGAUCACAUGACCGUGGAUAUGGACGCAGUCCUGUCCGACUUUGUCCGUUCCACUGGAGCUGAACCAGGAUUGGCCAGAGAUCUGCUGGAGGGCAAGAACUGGGAUUUCACUGCUGCUCUCAGUGACUUUGAACAGCUUCGUCAGGUGCAUGCUGGGAACCUGACGUAUCCGUUCACAGAGGAGAGGACGUAUCUGCCACCCGAAAAGGAGAUGGCCAGGAUAGGACGGCCUAUACUCCACCGACAAGAUGAGGUGGUGCAAGCAGCCACAGAGAAGCGCCUGUCCAGGGGUAUUUCCCAUGCCAGUUCAACCAUUGUGUCUUUGGCCCGCUCUCACGUCUCAAGCACUGGUGGUAGCAGCAGCGAGCCACUUCUGGACACGCCCCUGUGCACUUUCCAACUACCAGACCUCACCGUGUACCAGGAUGACUUCCGCGGCUUCAUCGAGAGGGAUCUUAUUGAGCAGUCGAUGAUGGUGGCCUUGGAGCAUGCUGGACGACUGAAUUGGUGGACAAAAGUAGUUCCAAACUGUCAGAGUCUGCUGCCUUUGGCAACAAGCGGAGACGGAAAUUGCCUGUUACAUGCAGCUUCGCUUGGUAUGUGGGGCUUUCACGACCGGGACUUGAUGCUGCGUAAAUCCCUGUAUGCACUAAUGGAUCACGGGUUGGAGAGAGAGGCAUUGAAGCGCAGGUGGAGGUGGCAGCAGACCCAGCAGAACAAAGAGUCUGGUUUGGUGUACACGGAGGAGGAGUGGCAGAAAGAGUGGAAUGAACUGUUGAAGCUAGCCUCCAGUGAGCCGAGAAUACACUACAGCACCAACGGCACCAACGGGGCGGAGUCCUCAGAUGAACCAGUUUAUGAGAGUUUAGAGGAGUUUCACGUCUUUGUCCUGGCUCACGUCCUCAGAAGGCCCAUAGUGGUGGUGGCUGACACCAUGCUGAGGGACUCUGGAGGAGAGGCCUUUGCUCCCAUCCCAUUCGGAGGCAUAUACCUACCGCUGGAAGUGCCAGCUGCCAAGUGCCAUCGCUCACCCCUGGUCCUGGCGUAUGACCAGGCGCACUUUUCUGCCCUGGUCUCUAUGGAGCAGAAGGACAGCUCCAAAGAGCAAGUUGUGAUCCCUCUCACUGACUCGGAGCACAAAAUGUUGCCUCUGCACUUUGCUGUGGAUCCUGGGAAAGACUGGGAGUGGGGAAAGGAUGAUACAGACAACGUGAUGCUGGCAAGUGUGGCUCUUUCUUUGGAGGCCAAGCUCCAGAUGUUACACAGCUACAUGACGGUCGCCUGGCUGCCCCUGCCCUGUGAGCAAGCCCCUCUGGCCCAACCCGAGUCUCCCACAGCAUCGGCAGGAGAGGAUGCCCGAACGCCUCCGGACUCAGGAGAGUCAGACAAGGAGUCAGUCAGCAGCAGCUCCAAUGGCAACGGCGACACAACUACAGGAUCAGCAGUCAAUGGAGGCGGGUCCUUGGCUAAGAACAGCUCCUCUUCCUCAUCUAGUUCCUCUAGCAGUGGUUCGGCAGGGACUGGAACAGCAGGGAAGGACAAAACCAAGAAGGAGAAGGACAAGGAUAAAGACAAGAAGAGGGCAGACUCUGUGGCCAAUAAGCUCGGCAGUUUUGGCAAGAGCCUGGGCAGCAAGCUGAAGAAAAACGUGGGUGGACUGAUGACAGGAAAGAACGCUGGAACUGGAGGUGUCAAGCAGGAGGGUGGGGAGAAGAAAAAGGGCUCAUUUAGGGGGAGGAAGGGCAGUAAGGAUAGCUCGCCAUCAGCCCACGCCUCAGAGGAUUCUGGGAAAGGCUCCCCCUCCUCAGGUAGUGAGCGUCUCAAUGGAACAGGAAGCAGUAUGAGCAGCAGUGGUGGGAGCAGCACUGAGAGCGAGACCUACAAGUACAGUGCAGACGUCAAGGUUAGCCUGGGCAUCCUGCGAGCCGCCAUGCAAGGUGAGAGGAAAUUCAUCUUUGCCAGCCUUCUCACUACCAGCAACCGGCAGCCCUUCCAGGAGGAGAUGAUCCAGCGCUACUUGGCCGAUGCAGAGGAGCGCUUUCGGGCCGAGCAAGAACAACAGCGUCGUGAUGUUGAAAGGAAGGGCAUCACUAAUGGCAUCCAGCCACCCAAGAAGGAGGUGGUUGGUGGUACGGAGCUGAGUUACCGGCCUUACGAGGCCAAAGAGGAGCUGUCAGAGAACUCAUCACCUUCCUUCAACCAACUCAAGCCCUCUCCUUUGAGCCCCUCUAUGUACUCUGGGGUAGUGCCCAUUCCCCGGCCCUCCUUCAUAGAUCAGCCUCCUGCUGCAGCACCCCUCACCCAGCACCUUCAUAUGCACAGCUACAUGGAUAAUCGGCGCCAGCUUGCUGGUGGGUCCCCAGUAACCUCCUACCCUGGCCUCCCCUCAUACGCCACCCUACCCCGACACUGCCCCACAACACAGGGUCCCUCCCAUCCCCAGUACAAUAACCCACAAGGCCCCUCCUCCCUUAGCCCCUCUCGCCUUGCGCCCUCAUACCCCCCGGAGUUCGACCCACCAGACUAUCCUGGGUCUGAACCGGUUUGUGGGACCUACACCAACGGGUUCCGGGACAUGCGCUCCAACCUAGAUUCUCGGAGCGGGCAACCACCAGUCAGGCACUACUCGCUGGGCAGUGCCGGUGGUUUGACCAGCCUGCAGUCCAGCCGCUGUCGGACACCCAGCUGCACCUACUAUGGACACCCCGAGACGGGCAACUACUGCUCCUACUGCUACCGGGAAGAGCUGAAGAAGAGGGAGACAGAACCAGCCAUCCACAGGUUCUGAGUGGACCUCGCUAUGGCUUGAAUUUGACGAGUGGCCUUUUCAGUUUAAAAAAAAAACAAACAAAAAAAAAAAAAACGGCUGGGGCGGAUCAGCCUCUGAAUGGACAAGAGAAAGGCAACCAGCUCCCUCCCUUUUUUAGCUGUGUCAUUUCCUGUUGAACCACGUCAGAAAGUGACAGCGUCGACACGACUGCAGAAUAAACAGGGUGGUUUCUGACUGCUGGGGUCAUGUAUUAGACCAUAGGAUUAACUAACUGCACUUCUGUUACAUUUUGCUGUGGCUCUUAUGCAGGCAUUGUGUAUGAGUGCGUGUGUGCGUGUGUGCGUGCGUGCGUGCGUGUGCGCGCGUGUGUUCGUGUGUGUGUGUGUGAGUUACAGGCUCUCCUCCUUUAUCAGAGUUUAACGCCUUGCUAUUGUCUCCUCCUAGUGGAGAGAAUGUAUAUGGCAGGCGCCAUACAGAACACUCAUCAACAUACAUACAGUACGUGCACACAUAAACACUAAAUCAGACUCACACUUCUACAUACACUUGGAUGCAAGCACAAACAGAAAAGGCACGAGUGUCUCCACUCCAUUUGUGGUCUGUGAUAAUGUUUGGAUUUGUUAAUUAAGGGAUGUUUGAGCAUUUUGAAGUCACAUCCCGUUAGGGUGAUUUCAGUGUUAUACAGAUUUUACACUACUGUUACUAGAUGCUUGCGUCAUAUGUACCUCGGGAAACAGCAGAAUUAAUCCUUGUCGAAUGGCUUUUUCGUCAGUUCUGUUUGCAUAAUGCAAAUUGCAACUACCGUGCAGUGCUAAUGAAUAAGCGUUCUGUGGGCUGCUGUGGUGCUAAUGUUACAGAAUGCAAACACAUAGCUGUCCAUGCAUUUAACACAACUGCUCUGCACUGUUAGUUGUAUCUUCCUGGUAAAACAAAUUCUACAAUUUUGUCCAAUUCGUAAAUCAAUGAAUUGAAUUUUGAAGAUGGCAACCCUUUGAAGGUUAAGAAUAAUUGGUCACAUUAUCACCCAGGCAUUGCAGAAGAAAGACAACAUAGCAACAUAGGAGUAUGGUAAGAUACUGUUCCCAGAGUAUUUCAUAUAUUUGUUGGAAUAUGUCUCUUUCUUAGUUGGGUCUUCCUCUUUCUGUACAAUAGAUGGUGUUGAGCAUUUGAUUAUUGUGGCCAACCCAGGCAUGCAAUACUACACACUACAAAGUCAAAAUAUCACAUCCAGCACAACAGAUUUUGGAGACAGCUGUCAAAUGCGUAAUUUAACGGUGUUGUUAAAACCCUAAACACAUUUUAGGAUUUCAGACAGGUGAAAGGUUUGUUGUUCUGUAGAGCAAAUCAACAAAUUUGUUAUUUAACAAGUGAUAAUAAGUUGCUCCAAAGCAGUGAGGACGUGUGCCGUUCUGACUGUUGUCUCCAGUUUCUGUUUCCAUGAUGCAAAGUGACGCAUCUACUUUUGUUGGAUGUUGAAAUAACUGACAUUGCACUGACAAAUUCUGGUAACAAGCUAUGGUUCUGAAAGUCACUGUUUUGAAAUGACAAACCCUCAUCGCUCUGAUGGUUUAGAAAUGUGAAACAUGUUUCAUAUUAUCUUAUGAUCACACGAAAGGUUAACUAAAUCAUACAUCCAUGGUGUCCUAACUAAUAGGACAUCUUAAUGCUUAUUGGUUUGGUUGCUCACUGCAAAGUUUAAAGUUCUACUGAAAGCGGUUUCUUAAUUUCUGGCGUUCGUCCCGCCAAGACAUUAUCUCUUUUUGCACAAAUUCAAGCACUUUCCUGAUGUCCGUAGAUACAAAAUGUUUUGCUGUUUUUGAAGUGGCCUGACUGUUCGUCCUUUGUUCAUCUCUGCAGACACUGCCACCUCUGUUCAUGGGAAAUCAGGGGCACAGGCCUGAAGGUUCAGUUACUGUAGAGCUGCAGCAUUUUGGUGCCAGUGUCACCAUCUAACUAAGUUUCCUAGUUGCCUUUUUCAACAUUUGUCCUUGGGGCAACACAUUUCUGCGUGUCAUUCUAGAUGAUGAACAUCAAGUAUCCACUGCUUGCUUCAUUGCCUGCAGUUUUUACUACUACUGCCCCCCUAAAAUUAGAAUAUUAAUAUUAUUUGAAUUUGUGUUGAAGCUAUUGAAAUAAUUAUUUUCAGUUAGGCAUACAGUAUCAACAAGUUGAUACCAGCUGAUGUUUUGUUUGAGUUGUACAAAUGUUUAAAUGACUACUUAAAUACUUAAAUUUGUUAUAUUUCCCCUAUAAUAAGCCAUGAUGAGGAAUUCUUUUUUGGGGAGUGUGACACUAGUUUGGCAUUAAGCCUAUUAGAAAAGCACAAUUUAGUAUGCAAUUCACUGCCUUGCCCAGUUGAGGGCACCCUUGAUUUGUUUUUCUUUUAAACCAGUAUUUGGAGCUUGUGCCCUACAUCCAAACUAUGAACAAAAAUAACCAAAAGGUUAGGGGAGUAACUUUCAGCAGUGCUAAUACACUAUAUUACAGUAUUUUCCAACCGUUGCAGAUGCUGUUUGAGGAAGGAAGGGGGCUUUUUGCUGUGCAUUUAAAGUGACACUAAAGUUCUAAUGAAAAUAAAACACUUCAAUCACACUAUUUCCCAAGAAAACAUUUGCUGUGUUUAUGUGUGUUGACGUGUACAUGCACUAGCAUUUUAAUUCAGACUAGACCCAUCAAAUGUUCCCUUACUGUGGGAAGGUGAUGCCUGUUUUUAAAAAUGUGUAUGUGUGCAUACUCUUUCCCUCCCUCCAAAGUAAUAAUUAGCUUACAAAACCAGUUAUUUUAUUCUUAUCAUUAUUAUAAUUUUUUUUUUGUGAUGAAACGGAUGCCUCAGAAACAUGUAAAACAUCAGACUUUACAGGCUACAAACACUUUUUGUAUUUAAGAUAAAAACAAUGAGAGGUUGUAUAAAUAUGUUCCAUGUUAUUUUUGUAAGCCCAAAGUUUUACAGUGUUUUUAAAAUGGUAAGAAUGUAUAUUGUUGGAUACUAAAACAGGUAUGGAUGAGAAGCUUGUAAGAGCCUGGGUUUGAGGUAGAAAUGUUGACAUUUUGGCUGUCGAAGGCGACUCCCAGAUGGGCCUCUUGAUACUCGAGGUUCUCUCACUGCAAACUAAUUUCCUCAAUGCUGACCUAACAAGAUACCAUUUGAGAAUAUAUAUUUAUAGUGAGAUUUUUUAAUAGGUUUCCUUGUGGAAUGUUUAGUUGAGACGAUUUAGGAUGUUCUUUCUCACAUGGCUAAUUGUCUAGCAGUCUGGCUUUUAUUUGUUUGUUGCUUUUUUGAUUUGUACAUUUUGUUUCCUUUUUUUUUUUUUUUU